AUCAUAGAAUUAAGUUGAUCUUUCUCUCUCUCAUUACGGUUGCAGAAAGUACCAAAUGAAAACAAACAAAAAAAGCGAUAAACGAACCACCCAGUGAUGCCAAGAGGUUCGGUGCCUGUGGGUCCCAUUUUAUCUCUCUCUCUUUCUUAAGCUCCACUUUCCGUUCCUCACACUUCCCUCACCGACGCAUAACAAAUUGGACAAUCGUUUCAAUUCAACUCCAACCUACUCCACCGCCAUGACGACGGCGCCACCUCCAACGCCGCCGCCAGAACUAAAAACCUACUGGUGCCACGAAUGCGACAUGAGCGUCUCUCUCACUUCCUCUCCAUCUCCCUCUCCUCUCCUCUGUCCUCAAUGCCACACCCAUUUCCUCGAACUCAUGGACUCACCUUUCUCCCAAAACGACGCCGAUUCGUUCCUCCCUUCUUCUUCUCUCUUCGACGUCCUUUUCCAAGACGCGCUUUUACUACUCGCACCCUCUCCCCCUAAAACCAGCAUCGAAACGAUCAUUCCUAUAAUAACCGUUACACCGACGCUUCUUUCUUUACUCGAUCCAAACGGUGUCGUUUUAUGCGCGGUUUGUAAAGAUGCUAUUUCCGUCGACGAAGAAGCGAAGCAGCUUCCUUGUGAUCAUCUUUAUCACGCCGAUUGUAUUACGCCGUGGCUUUGUCUUCGAUCUUCUUGUCCUCUCUGUCGAUUCCGAAUCUCAGAGGAAGAAGAAGAAGAAGAUGAAAACGAGGAAGACGAUGAAGAUGAUGUGAAUGGUGCGGAUGUGAUGAGGGAGAUGAUUGUGCGGAUGUCGGAGUUGUCAGAAGAUGAUUUCUAUGGUCUGAGAAUUACUCUCAACCACAUUGCUUCCCGUCAUGCUCUUCUUCAUUCUAAUGCUUUGGGUGGUGGUGAUAAUACUGAUGCUAGUGAAAUUGGCGGAGAUGUAGAUGGAGAAUCUUGAUGCUGAAGUUCUUUGAGGUAUAUAGUGUACUAAGAGAAUAUUGAAGUUGUAUCACCAUACAUCGUCUUAUCAAGUGUAAAUCUGCACCGACGAUUAUGCUUCUUCUGUUUUCCCCUUCAUUUUUAGGGAAUUCCAACUAGCUAGUUGUAGUGUUAUAGCUAGAAAUACAAUAAACUGAUGGAAUGCACAAGUGCUGUGCAUUUCUCUUCCCCUUCUCCACUCUCUGUAUGUUGGUCCUUGAAACUGGAAUCUGUUAAACCAAAUUCCCUUCCAUCUUAGUCAAUAAAAUCAUUGCAGUAUUCAGAUCA